AUGGCCCCCCAGAUUCCACCCCUCGACGAGCAAGAAUUCGACCAGCCAGCCCUCAUUGCUGGCCUGCCAGGGCAGAAUCUCAAUGUCGGCAACAACCUCUUCUGGUACUUUACCUCGUCGCCAUGGUUCGAGCCGCAAUCCAUCAACAUCUCUGUAUUCCAAAACGUGCAGCUGUCCCCCGAUGGCCAGCAAAUCAUGAAUGACCGGGCCCUCUGGGAGGAACGACUACGCGCUGUGGAAGCAGGCACACAAUUCAUCGUCACGGCGGAACCGCAGGGCGAGGGCCAGCCGUGGGUGCUGCAGCGCCAAAACAAACGACACAACCACGAGACGGGCCGUCCUGCUGGAUGUGAUGCAGAGUCGCAUGCUCACCAUCUCGACGCGCAUGCAGCAAAUGGCCGAUCUGGCAAGCAACAUGACACACUGGACCCCAGCCACAGGCUACUCCUACUAACCGCCCUUCCACCAAAGCUGCCAAGUCAAACCGCCGCCCCAACCAGUCGGAUUGGCAGUCCGAGCCUCGCGCCCACAGACCCAGACGCAGCCUUGUCCCAGACCGCACCCACCAGCGUGCCACCCGCCGCGGACCCCGUAGCCUCGACCGUCGAAUUCUCAGACGCCCUCUUCAUGCAAUCGCUGCACCUCACAGACAAAUACGGGGACGAGUUCAUGGACGAAAACCCACUCAAGGGCGAACCAGGCGCGUUUGUCUUUGAAAACACAAAGACGGCCGUCGACGCACGCAACAAGGCCCAGGAACAAGCUGCCCAGGCUUCUCACACCGCAGCGCCCGCUGCUACCACUGCUGCUACCACUGCGACUGCAAGACCAGAUACCCGCCCACCCAGUAUCGCGCCCCCGUCAACGGCACCCACACCCGCCGUCAUAGGCACACCCGCCGCCACCGAAGCCCACAGCCGCAAGGGCAGCGUCGCCCCCGCCCCCGCCAGGAAGAAGGACAAGAGCCGGCGCAAGAGCCAGACGGGGCUUGCGAGUCCCACUACACCAAAGGCGUUGUGA